UUGUCGAUAUUUCCAUCUCUACUUUUCAUGCUAGCAACGUUUUGCAAGAUUUAUUUAAGUUUUUAUUUAAUCGGUACAAAUUAUUAAUAAAAAUGGAUGUUCGGCCAAAUCAAACCAUUUACAUUAAUAAUCUUAACGAAAAGAUUAAGAAGGAAGAGCUCAAAAAGUCCUUAUAUGCGAUUUUCUCUCAAUUCGGACAGAUUCUCGAUAUUGUGGCGCUAAAAACGCUUAAAAUGCGGGGCCAAGCGUUUGUGAUUUUCAAGGAAAUUGGAAGUGCUUCGAAUGCGCUGCGUACUAUGCAGGGAUUUCCAUUCUAUGAUAAACCAAUGCGCAUCGCUUAUUCUAAGACGGAUAGUGAUAUAGUGGCCAAGAUAAAGGGUACAUUUAAGGAGCGUCCGAAAAAGGUUAAGCCACCGAAGCCGGUACAAGCCACUGAGGAUAAGAAGGAUAAGAAGAAGAAGGCGUCUAAUGCUGAGAACACUAAUCCUAACACACAAACUGAGCAACCACCAAAUCAAAUUCUUUUCCUCACCAACUUGCCGGAAGAAACAAAUGAGAUGAUGCUUUCUAUGCUGUUCAAUCAAUUCCCAGGUUUCAAGGAAGUGCGUUUAGUGCCGAACCGGCACGAUAUUGCUUUUGUAGAAUUCGCCACUGAAUUACAGAGUAAUGCUGCGAAGGAAGCACUACAGGGCUUCAAGAUAACACCGUCACACGCUAUGAAAAUCACUUUUGCCAAAAAGUGAGAAGUUCUUCACAUUACUAAAGUGUUUGGAGGUAUCUACACGAUCUACAUAUAUAUUUAAAUUUAACAUAGCACUAGCUUUUUUAAUUUAUGUGCCCUUACACGGAGUGCUCUAGCAUAUGUAUUUUCUCUCCUGAUGUCCACAACACAUUUACGAUUCAACAACAUAAAAUUACGUUUAUUUUAUCAUGUAAGACCUUUUUAACCCGUGUGUAAAUAUCAUUCAGCACAAUACCGAGUGAGGGCUAAUAUUCGGCUUGGUCAAAGCUAACAUUCUCACAUUGUUUUUCUCUAAAACAAUGUACCUUCUAAUGUACAAUAUUUCAUAUGGAAAUAAAGUGCAUGCCAUAUUUGGCAGAGAAAAAAGUAA